UAUGUUUUUUAUAAUUUUCGUCAUUUUUAAUGUGAUUAAUAAUUAUUAAAAUAAUUCAAUUAUUUUAUUUAUAAAAACUAAUAACUAAGUUUUAAAAUUAAAUAAUAUUAUUUAUAAAAAAAAUAUUUACAGAUCUGAAACACAAAUUUAAAUAUUUCACAUUAUCGUUCAAAUGAUAUCUAAUGUACCAAAAAUUGUAUGCUAAUAUUGUUUUUAUGAAAAUAUUAUUUAUUAAUUAUUAAUUAAUUAAAAUGUAGUAGUUUCUCCAAAAAAAAAUUCGUUUUUCUUCAUAAAAACUCACAAAAGUUGAUUUUUGGUUUUUCUUCAUUAAUUGGUUAAACUUUUCAAAAACUAGUUUCCCUAAAUUUUAAGAAAUCUAUUUAUUAAAAAUCUUGAUUGGCAACUCACAUAAUUUUUAUAAAAUCUAAAACUAAAAACUAAAACAAAAACCACAAACAAUCAACCUUUAGGAGAAAAAAAAAACUAUUUUUUCUAUUUUUUCCACCUAACUAGGUGGCUAUAUGUACAUCCGCUUUAGUUUAUGUAUUUUUCUCCUAACUAGGUGACUAUAUGUACAUAUAUUAUGUACUUUAGUCUACAUAUAACCUAGUUAGGAAAAAACUAUUUUUUGCCUUGUACUUAUUUGGAGAAAGCGGACUAAGCGUUACGGAUCUAGCGGACCAAGCGAAUCGAGCUGCUUUAUAAUGCUAAACCUAUUAAUAUCAAUUUAAAAACAAAUAACUGCUUUAACCUAUGCUAGAACACUCCUUAGGUGAUGUCUUUAUAUUGUUCAUAGUAGAACUUAUUUUUCUCUUUGUAAAGUUAAACCACUAGUGGUUCUUUAAUUUUUUAUUAUUAAAAAGGUAGAUCAUAUUUUAUCAAACAACAAUUGAUGAAUGGCAAAUAAAUAGGUGGUUUAUCCACCUGAUGGGAGAAAUGCUUUUUUUCUACUUUUUAUUCUUAGCCUAAGAGCAAGUCCAAUGGAAAUUCUUAGCAAAAUAUCCUUAGCAAAAAAAUAUUAUAAUAAUAUGUGAGGCCCACUAAAUUUAAGAGUUUGUGUCAAAUUAAUCUUUAGUUAAGGUUCAGAUUUGUUAUUGUGUAAGGGUCCUACCGUCACGUGGAAUCCCGCGAUUGGCUCUUCCUUUUUUUUAGCGAAAAAAAAUAAUAAUAAUAAAAUAAUUUUAAAAACUUACCUCGGUUAUCGAACCAAAAGUAACAGUGUUGCGGAUGGUCUAAGAUACUGUAACGUCUUGGCCGCUUCCAUUAUUGGGUCUUUACCCAUGUUCACUCGGCCUGUGGAUUUUACUAUCCCAUUGAUGAUUGCCUAUUAGUUUUUUUUUGGAUGUUUCCUAAUUUUGUAAUCACUACAUGAAUCAGGACGUGAUAUUUUUGUUUUUUUUAAUACGAUGUUACCAAUUACAUUCUAAUUUGUUACAUAUUUUCCAGUAUUCCAAUAUGUGUGACCGAAAAUCUAAAUAUAAUUUAAAAACUCAAAUAAUUAAAUUAAAUAUUUUAAUAUAUAUUGCCAUAAUACAUACCAUAUAUUAGAAAUACGUAUGUAAUUUUGUGGGAUUACUUGAUUCCACAGUAAUGAAAAUAUUAAUAUUUCUUAAACAUCUGCAGGCUAGUCAUCGUUAACUCCUUUUACAUGGUUUACAUAUGAAUUGUGGUAGAAUUUAUUAAUCCAAUAUAUUUCAAAGAAUAUAUAAAAGACUACACAUGCAGACACACUCCAUUAUCAUGCACUAGUUGAAUACUCUACUGAUGCAGAAGUAUAAUAAUUGCACUUUAAAAUAUGUCCUUAUUCAAACUUAAGUUAGCUUGGGCUGAGGUUGGGCUGAGGAUGUGGAGAUGAAGCUCUGUUUGUUUUGGUGUUUAAGACAGUUUAGUCUGAAAAGUAUUAUUAUUCUUAAUCAUACAAACGACGCAUUAUAUAAACGUGUAAUAUAAUUAUUGGCUUUAAUCGAUGAAUUGUAUAGACUUUUUAUUUAAUGUUAUCAGGUUGUUAGGAUUAUAUAUUUACUUUAGGCAGCACUUGUUUGACUGAGAAGUACACCAGAAAAUUAAAAAAUAAAUAAAAAUUCGAUGUUCAAGGAAACAAAAUCAAAAUAACUUUUUAAAACAAUACAAUUUUAACUAAAAUUCUCAUGAUGUUGAAAUAUAUAGAAGAAACCAUAAAAGUAUUUUUUGGUAAAUCAGUAAUAACAAAGUUUGCCAACCUUAAAAACGUAAUAUGACUAAAACGAUAAUUAUAACUAAUCUAGGGAGUGUAUUUAAAUUGGAAUUUUGUAUAGUUUGUAUUAAAAUAAUAAAUUAUAUCUUAUUAAACAUAAUUUAGAUAAAAAUAAUUUUAUUAAAAUACAUUUUGACAACUUGUUCACCCGUCUUCUAAUCCUGGGACGAAUUAUUCAACCACUAACCAUUUAGAAUUAGGUGAAUGCCAUUUUGUCGCGCUGGAAUUAAAUCGCAUAUCUUUGCCAAAAAUGCGAAGUCAUUUGAGAGCAUUUAUUAUAAACUCUAUUGAUUUUCUUGUGAAUAAAUUUAAAUAUAUAGGAUUAUGAAAAAUACAAGUUUACAAAAAAUAUUAACCAUUAUUUGAGUCUUUUAAAUAAGAUACUAUCUUCUUUUUAUCUUUUUACUUUUGAUACUUUUAAUUAUAUAAUCUAAAAUUUUAAUUUAGAGGUUAUAUUGAUGCAGAUAUCUAUUGAGUAUAAGUUUUUAAACAAUUUUUUAAAAAAAGUUUUCAUAAUACAACACUAAUAUAAGUAAAACUAAAAUUAAAUUUAAUAAAUCGUAGCAAAUAAGCACUCUUUCGAACUUUUAAAAACAUAUCACCCUCUUUUCUUUCACUUUUUAUUUGUUUUAUUAUAAUAGUGAAAAGAAUUUGGUUGAAGUACCAAGGUAUUUCAAAGAGUAUUAGAGUAUUUCCAUUGGAUUCUAGCCAAAACGUUUUUAAAAUAUAUUUAUAUAUAUUUGUGUAUGUAUUUUAAAAAAAAAAUGGCUAGAAUCCCAAAUAUAUAUAUAUAUAUAUAUAUAUGUAUUUUUUAAAAAAAAUUGGCUAGAAUCCCAAUUGAAAGUGCUCUUACUCUCUAGUUAAAUGUAAAAUUAGAAAAACAAGAACAUGAUUUCGUCAAAAAAAAAAGAAAGAGACACGAUUGAUGAAAAUCAAUUCUUGGAAAUAUCCUCAACAAAAACAUGACAAACUCUAUGAAACAUGUCGGCUUUUUAAUAGUUUAAAAAUCAGAAAAGUAAAAUAUAACUAUAUAAAUAAUUGUUAAUAUUUUAUUAUUUAUUGAGAAAUUCAUGCAUGUGCAGCCGUUGAUAUGUCAUAUGCUCACCUUUUCUCUUUGCUUGCAGAUCCUCCUUCAACCCCAAAACUCAUUCCUCUUAUAUAUAGAUCCUCCUUCAACCCCAAUACUCAUUCCUCUUAUUUAUAGAUUACCAUAUCAUUAGAAAGGCGACAUCACCAGAAAAAAAUAACGUGGCAAAGAUGUUUUACUAUGUGAUUCUCCCUUUAGCUCUUCUUGUCAUUGCUUACAAAUUCAUCUUCAGCUAUAGAACACAGCGUUUCAACCUCCCUCCCUCUCCGCCUCACUCUCUCCCCAUUAUCGGCCACCACCGCCUCAUUAAACCUCCCGUCCACCGUCUCUUCCAUGGACUCGCCAAAACACACGGCCCAAUAUUCUACCUCCGACUAGGUACCCGCCGUGCGGUUGUCAUCUCUUCCUCCGCACUCGCAAGAGAAUGUUUCACGGGUCAUAACGACGUGGUUGUAUCAAACCGCCCUCGUUUCCUAACUUCCAAAUACAUCGCUUACAACUACACAACCAUUGCGACCACACCUUACGGUGACCACUGGCGUAACCUCCGCAAAAUAUGCUCCCUCGAAAUCGUCUCCUCAAAACGUCUCGCAAACUUUCUCCACAUCCGCAAAGAGGAAAUCCACCGCAUGCUCAUGAGACUCUCACGUGACGCACUCAUCAGCAAAGAGGUCGAGCUCGAGUCCUUGUUUUACGAUCUAACGUUCAACAACAUCGUUAGGAUGGUUACGGGGAAGAUCUAUUACGGAGAAGAUGCUAGUGACAAAGCAGAAGCAGAUACGUUCAAGAAACUCAUUGCUUAUAUUACUAGUACUAGUGGCGCGAGGCACCCUGGUGAAUACUUGCCAUUCUUGAAAAUAUUUGGAAGGAGUUUUGAGAAGAAAGUGAAAGCUGUAGGAGAAGCCAUGGAUGCGAUCUUGCAGCGUCUGCUUGAUGAGUGUAGAGGAAAUAAAGACGGUAACACAAUGGUUAAUCACUUGCUCUCAUUGCAACAACAAGACCCAGAGUAUUACAGUGAAGUCAUCAUCAAAGGCCUAAUGCUGGGUAUCAUGUUUGCCGCAUCAGAAACAUCGGCAGUGACAAUAGAGUGGGCGAUGGCGAGUUUGUUGAAUCAUCCAGAGUUGUUGGAAAAGUUGAAACUAGAGAUUGACGAGAAAAUCGGACAAGACCGCUUGAUCGAGGAAACAGACAUUCCAAACCUGCCUUACCUCCAAAACGUUGUGUCGGAGACACUCAGGCUAUAUCCAGCAGCGCCGCUUCUUGUGCCAAGAUUAACAGUAGAGGACAUCAAGAUCGGAGGCUACGAUGUGCCUCGUGAGACGAUGGUCAUGGUGAACGCGUGGAGUAUACACAGGGAUCCAGAACUGUGGACUGAACCAGAGAGGUUUAAUCCAGAUAGGUUUAACGGUGGAGGAGAAGGAGAAAAGGACGAUGUCCGUAUGCUGGUAACCUUUGGAAGUGGACGGAGAAUGUGUCCAGGCGCAGGAUUAGCGAACAAGAUUGUCACGUUGGCGUUAGGAUCUUUGAUUCAAUGCUUUGAUUGGGGAAGAGUCAAUGGGAAAAAGAUUGAUAUGACCGAGGGUCCAGAGAUGGCAAUGCGUAAGGUGGUGCCGUUACGAGCCAUGUGUCAGCUUCGACCCGUUAUGAAUAAGCUUCUUACCGAGUCAAAAGUUUAGUUCUGCUUCAGUGUGUUUCUAUUGAAAAAAACUAUUAUGCGAAUAAAUUGUGUAGUUACACACUUCGUUGCUUCUCUGUAACGAAAACUAUAUGUGUAAUGCGAAUAAAUUGAAAACCCUAGCAUUUUUUCCUUUUAUCCUGUCUCAUUUCACACACAUAUAUUACCAUGUUUUUAGAUUGGUUUUUGAGCUUAUUUCGAACAAACUAAGGGGGUGUUAUUCAAUCACUGGUUUGAAAUCAGUUAUUAAUGUUUUAUAAUCUAUCAAAUUUUAAAGUUUUAAGUUGAUAGAUUCUAAAAUCUCUGCAGUAGACCUCAGAUUUUGAAUUCAUUCAUUUGUUCAUAAGAAUUCAUAAGAGAUGAUUUGAAAUCAAUUUAAAAUACAAAAAACUAUAAAUCCUUGAAAGUUGAAUAACACUAGAUUUUAAAAGUUAGAUUUAAAUCAUUCAUUGAAUAACACUAGAUUUUAAAAUAGAAUUUAGAAUCAUCAUUUGAAUAACAAUGGAUUGUGUUAAGAUUUAAACUCUAUUAAAAUACAUAAUUGAAUAACACCACCUAAAAAUGAAUGUGACCAUACAAGAAACAAAGAUUCAACAUAAACCGGUAAAAGAGUGAACUUUUUUCUUAGUAUAUAUGUAUGUAUGUUAAGAAGAUAUGUUAUUUAUUUUCAAGUUAUAUAUAUAUAUAGAUAUAUUUUUGACAAAAGAUUAAAUAAAAGAACUACAUUCUAUUAAUUCAACGUGUGAUCUGCAAAUUAUGUAAAAUUGAGAUACAGCGAAAACUCAAGGUACAAAGUAAUUCUAAAAACUCGUUAGUCUUUUAUUAGAAAUCAUUUACACAAUUUAUUACAGAUUUGUUUGAUCCAAAUUAUACAACUCGACACCGAUCGAUUUCUAACACACUCAACGUGCUUGACUCAACACUUGUUGAUCAAGUCUACCAAUUCACUCAGUUAUGAAACCCCAAAAAAUUUUGUGUUUAACUCGCAUCUUGACGUUUUCUUUUUAUUCUCCGAAGCAUGUAUCACACAUUACAUUCCAUGUGUAACACAUAUAAACGAACCAAAAAUCCACCACUGCAGCAACUUACCAAGCUCCAAAGUUUUUGAUCUUACAAAUUAUAGCUUAUAUGUCGGUUUGGUACUAAGCGAUAUAAUCCAAUGUAUUAUUCUUUUUUUUUGCUAACUAAUCCAAAAAGUAUUCGAAAAGAUAUAGUAUAAAGUUAUCUGUAAUAUAGUUUUGCAUGGUUUUGGCUCUUUUCCUAAGUGAUGAAUGAUUAAUAAUGACUACUGCGGCGCCUGGCAAAUUACUAUUUUAAUUACCUUGCAAUAUCUUGUUAUAAAAAAAUCAUAUAAUAGAUUCGAAAUCUAUGGUUUAUAUUUAAAAUUUAAGUACUGGUGCACACAUGUUCUGGUCAGGUGUGGAUAAGGAUUUUGAGUAUUUUUAGAAUUUUAUCGAAUCCGUUGGACAAGAAGAAUCAGAUAUAAAUUCGUUCAAAAGUACGAUAUAUAACUCGACAUUGUAUGAACUCAGCCCUUUUUCAAAAGAAAAAAAAAAACCUUGUAUGGUAAUUAAGAAAACAACCCAAAAAAGCCAAAAUAAUUGGAUAUAGGCACAUUGUGGGUUAGUGGUAAAGAGACGGAUUUAUGACAUCAACAACAUUUUAGGUCUGAUUCACCUAUCUCGUUUAGCUAAGUCACAUUACUAGUAUACAUCCACAUAAAUAUUAAUUCUUUUUUUUGACUCAUUUAAAUAUCCAAAAAAAAAUUAUAGAUUGCAUUUUUCUUUAUGGAUUAGUUGGACUCUUCCAUAGCUAUAGAGUACCUCAUGUCAAUUAAAAAACAUAAGCAGAAUAAUUAUUUUUUGUAGAUGAGUUUUGACUUUUACCUUUUGUCUGACGAGUAAUAUUUUCCUAAUCAAACAUGAAAUAAUUCAUCUACCAAUUGAUACUUACCCAAUUUCUCUUCAGAUUUUUUCCACUUACCUAAUUCACUCUAAAUUUAUUAACAUGACGGUGUUAUUAUUUACAAAAUCGCAAUUUUCGUUGUCAACUUGUGCAUGGACUGAUCUACAUGUGCAUAAGAGUCAGUGAGUGCCAUUGUUUCCUUGAUAAAAAAUAUAGUAUUCGAUCUAUUAGACUAUCAGGAAUGUAUCGACGUAAAUGUGCAUGUGAGUGCUAUUGUUUCCUUGUUAAAAUGUUUUGUUGUUUCCCGGUCCCAACUUUAGAUCUGAUAAAAUAAAAAUCGCAAACUUGUUUAUCAAUUUUCUCUCCUUUUAUUACACCAAAUUUUUUCUCUCCUUUUAUUACACCAAAUUUUUUCUCUCCUUUUAACAAUUUAAUACACCUUGUUAGAGCCUCAUUAUCGAAAAAAAUUGUAAGGGGUUCUAAAAGAAAAAAAUUAUCAUUAUUUUAAUUAUAUGAUUAUAUGUUUAUUUUUUGAAUAUGUUUAAAAAUUAACAGAUUGACAUCUGUGUUUUUAAUAUAUCACAGGUUCUUAAAAUUUUAGUUUUUAGAAUUUUAGACUUUUUCAUGUAUUUAUGAUUUUAUCUUUUCUUUUAAUUCUAAGAACUUCUACUACAACUUUUUGUUGGAGAUGCUCUUUUAACUUAUCUAUAUAUAUAUAAAAUUGUCUGCUUCUCUCCUAUGAUGCCACAUAGGAUCCAGGUCAGAAAGUCGACAUACCUCAGACUGCCACGUGUCACAGAAAACUGAAAACUCAUCGUUUCAUUUAAACUGCAGUUUGUUGGGCUUAUCUAACAUGAUUGGACUGAUAUGUUUUUCUGUGAGCCCAAAAAAGAGAGACGAGUCUUCAACAAAGUCGGCACCAAAAUUUAGGGUUUAUGUCCUUCUUUGAUCUCUGACACCAGAAAUGUUCUUCUUCGUUCUUUGAUACCAACAAUGGAGUUUCUAGGUGUUCGAUCGACGUGAAGAAUCGCUGUGUGAAUCUUCAAUCUUGAUGUUUUGUCUUCUGUUCAAAUCAAAACCAAAACGUUAUGUUAUUGAUUCAUCGCCUUAAUCAUACUUCUUAAUUAUAUCAACCCACGUCAAGCACGAUCUGACAUUGAAUGAAGCUUAUCCAUUUGCAAGGCGGUGUCUCUACACCUAUAAAAUGGUAAGUCCUCUUCCCUUGAUCAUCAUCCUCUCAAAGUUGUGGAUGUCAUAAAGAUUAUUUCCAUAGAAAUGGCUAACUCCUCUUUCGAUGGUUUCUGGGUUUAGAUCCUUGGUUAAUGGUUUGAUUAUUUGACUGAAGUUGAUUCAAAGUUACGUUCUUAUUAGAAGAUUAAAGUUUGUUGGUUUAUUAAUUUACUUAAUGUGAAAUCUAAAAGCUUUAUCUGUAUAUGGAGAGGAGCUUAUAUAAUUUUGUUUCUCAGCUACGUUACGAAUGUGUUUUAGGCAAAACGAAAUUGAGAAGGUAUAUUCAUGUGUUGUAGACAAUUGAAGAAUAAAGAUGAGGAUAGAGUAAUUGAGAACAAUGAAGGUCUGCCUCAGCCUUUUUUGGGAAGCUGCAAUGAUCGUGCACGGCAGUUCCAGGCUUUUUCUUCAGGUCUUUCUCCAUGUUUAAAGGUUUUAUCUCUCUCACACUUCUCUUUUUAACAUUCAGAUUAUUUAUUUUUUUUCUUUGUACAUGUGUUUCAGCCACCGUGAAAGCAAUGAAUCACUCGCUCACCAACCAACAACACAAACACAAAAUCGGUAAUGUGAUUCAUCUGGUCUUGCAACGAUACCGUAAGUGGCACCAAAACUGAAACGUCUUCGGUUGAUGAGCCUACAAGAAGUAGUGGCUCAUCAAGGGAAGAAGAAGACGAUGCAAAUCAUUCGGAUGAGGUCUGAGUAAGUAAACUAAGCGUCACCGAAACAGAACGAGAUUUGCCUAUUCUACCAUAAAUAUCUGAUGACUGAAGAAAUAACUAACGUAUCAGUUUAUAAGAUUACAUUCUAAGAUAUAUUUGAAAAUUGAGGGAUGGUGUGUCUGUAGUUUCCUUACAACCAUGGUACCCGUGGCGUUCUGGUUCUAAUUCCAGUUCAUGUGAACUUAGCGGAGGAGAAGCUGAUGCUCUGCGACAGUGACACACGGCAGGAGAGUUAAGGAGGGGUUUGUUCAACUCGCUCCUUUGAGUUGGCUCGGUGAUCGAGGCAGUCGCACCAGAGACAUUUGAGGUUAUGUCUGUCAUCCACAUCCUCUUCCCAACUCAUAUCUUCGUUGCCGAUUGCACAAAUCCAUAAUUCUUUGACAUGGAACAUUGUUGCUCAGUGGCCACAAAAAGAUUCCGAGAGAGCAGAGGAACAUGGGAUCUGAGGGUCAAUAGCUGUAGAUAUGCCAGCGAUAGCCACAGAGUACAGCCAUGUGAUGAACUGGCCAAGCUACAGGGCGUCUGCAGAUUUAUUUGAAGAAAAAGAGAAACAGACAGAUUAUGUGGAUACGGAGGUGGGGGUGGAUGUAAGUCUCACGUGACCGUGUGGAAUGAUACAAACCAGGAUGAAGAUAAAGAAAGUGUGGAAAAAGGCAGAGAAAGUUAGAAAUGGAAAUAAAACUAUGGAGGAGUUGAAAAUUAGGAUAAUGUAAGUAACUGAGUACUGAAAACAACAUCAACGAAGACAAAGAUACAUAUUCCCCUUUGUUUGCUUCAUAUGCAGAGAGCCUUUUGUGAAUACAGUUGUCACCAAAUGCAAGCAAUUCUAUGUGAGAAUUGUGCUUUGCCUUUAUGGUUUAGCUAAGAGGGCCUUCUGCUCAACCUUUCGUCACUUUUUCAUAUAUGUGUUUGAAAAUAUAAAACCCGGUCACAAUAUUUUUCCCAUAUAUCAAUGAAAAUUAAAAACAUUGAAUCUAAUAUACUUUCCUCUUUUAAUCACUAAAUGCAAAUUAAUUGAAAUUAACCUAUUGAUUCAAGACGACGAUCAAAUUUAAUAAAACACACACAAAACAAAUAUAAAAUAAAAUAUGCAACAUAAGAACAAUAUAAAAAAAAUAGAUUUUAAAAAUUUUGUCAUGAAUUUCCAAAACAAA